CGGGGCCUGUUCGGGGUUGGCCGGUUUCUAGGGUGUAACCAUCUUAACAGCGCUCGCUGAAGGGAAAGAGCAGUUCUGGCUCAGUCUGAGACUGAACUGGAAUGCCAGGAGACUCCGAAUGAACCACAGAGAUUUUUUACAAAGUGGUUUUCGAAAUCGCUUUGUCAGAGGGACUUGGAUUACUUGUGGUUGGAUCCCAGGGUCGUUAGAGACUCGUCCUGAAGGGUAGAUAAAACUAAUUUAAACAAACUCAGCUAAAAUUGAAGUUUGACGCAAUCUCCAUUUUCAAUGGAAAAUUUCCGUUCAGUUAAAAUUCCUGUUUAAAAAUUCAUCAAAAGCUUCUGAAUGCCAAAGUUACAGGUGAUUCUCUACGAUUGAUCAGAUGUCUGGUCACACAAUCAUCGUUGCGGUGCAUGUACGCAAGAAAUUAUUUAGUUUUUGAUGCGGAUUAGUACCUCAGAUUCAAAUCUUUUUGUUUCUCUCAACGCAUAUUGAGAACCUUGUUCACACUCGUGACUUGAAAGCACAUUUCGAGCUCUAAGUACGUAUAUCAACAAUGGCUGUAAGCACAACAUUUACCAUGGAAGACAAUGUCCUACAUACACCAAAGUUUGUCGAAACUAGCUUCGAUUUCAGUUCCAUAUUUACAUCCAAAGAUCAUCAUAUUGGACUGGACGACGGUGGAGAGUCAUUAGAAAUUCCUCAAUGUUCCCCGAUGCCAUCGUUAAGUCAGAAAACUCCAGACAUUGAACCAGCAGAAUCAUGUUCUUCUAUGGACGAUUCAGUUGUACCAGAGAACUUAGAAAGCAUACCUGUACGAUUGCCUAACUAUAAUUUACGGCAGAGAUCCAUUAAAAACAGAAUCGAAACAGAAAUCCGGCGCAAAGUCGCGAAGAAAACACCAAAACCGAAACAGAAACCAGCUCCUCUCAGCAAAUAUAGGAGGAGGACGGCCAAUGCUCGUGAACGCACUCGAAUGCAAGAAAUCAAUGAGGCUUUCGAACACCUACGUAAAGUUGUACCCCAGUUUCCCACCAAAAAAGGUCCAGACAACACCAAACUCACCAAGAUUACCACCUUGAGGCUCGCCGUGAACUACAUAGCAGCUCUCACUCAAAUUCUGAAACAGGCUGACGCUGCCGGCGGCGGAAAUCCUCCUAAUGACAGGGUACACGAUGGGAUGGUGUCCCAACACUCUGUCAUGGAUACUAUAGAUCCUAUGGACCUCCUGGGGGCAGGGUUGGGCUCCGUAGACGACUGCGCCGGACUCCUUGACGACUCAUUCGAUCUCAUUCUGGAAUCGGAUGGUGACAGCCUUCCCUUGAGUGACGAUAUAACCAUGUAAUCAAAAGAUCUAUUAUUACACGUAGUGCAUUGGAAUUAUGUGCUACGAACAUCUUUUAAGUGUCCUUAAAUUGUGAGUGCCAUUUGUUAUAUUCAAUCUAUGAGUUACUGUUUCAGCAUCAUAGCCUUUCCUUUUGAUGAAUUAUCUCUCACCUUACUGAAUAAGUAUUUUUGGGUGUGUAAAUACUUUUAAUCUGGCACUCCCUAAGUGAAAGAAAAUAGCCGACUCUGAAGCACUAAGACAAUAUAUCGCUGAAGAACUAACUUUAAACGUGUUUAUUAAUGCCUUUUUUAAUAUCCAUAAAAUUUUGUACAAAUAUUCAAAUGAUAUAUAAGUCAUAAACUGCAAGUGCCUUUACUAAGCCUGUAACAUACCUGCAUAUGCACGACAAACAAAUGCAUGCCUGCAUCAUGUAUUAUUCAGUCUGAAGCAUCUACAAUAUUUAUAUUCGGUUUGUAAAUGUAAAGGCUAUUUAAACUGAUGCCAAUAGAUCAUCACUGAAAGCAAUGGAGCCUCUAUUUUAUUAUUUUUUUAUGACUGAGGGGCAUUACGAGAAAAAAAAUCUAUGCAAUUUUAUGAAUCGAAAAUAUAAAUUCUAUGUUCCGGUGAAUAUAUUAUUUUUACUUUAAUCUGAAGAGUCAUGUUUGAAUUGAAUUUAUGUAUCGUUAUAUUUUCUUACUUACGAAAAGUUAUAAUGAUGUUUCUCUGAUGUAAAAAAAACUCUUUUUCGUUUAAUAUGAUUUCUAUCUUGCAUGUUCCAUUUAUUUAACGAAAAGUGUAUAUUUUCUUCCUUUAAUGAAGAAAACAAAUUAAAGCAAGAAAAUAGAAUAGGAAAUGAUGAUGAAAAUAAAUUUAUGUAUUUUGAACAGCGGAAAGACCAUGAAAUAUAUAAAUAUAUAUUUGUUGAUGUUUAUUAAGUUCCUUUUUAAUUCAUUCAAGCAUACAGUAUAGAAAUUUUGUUUAUAUUAGAUAGUAAAUUAAUUAUUUAAUUUGGUUUAUUGCAUAUAUAAAAUGUGAAUAAAAUUUACGAGUUAAAAUACUGCAUUAUUUAUAUUCGAAAGCUUUUAAAUGAUAAUUUUGCUUUUCCUUAUAAUGAAGCGUGUUCCAAAUUUUUACAAAUUUUAGCAAUGUUUUAAUGAGUAUUAAAUUUUUCUUCAUAUAAAAAAUUUAUUUCUAUACAAACAUUUUAUUUUAUUAACAUAAAUACCUAUCUUGGCUUAAAAAUUAUUUCAUAAAAUUGUUACAAGGAAAUCAAAAUUUUGCAAUUAAAAUUUAUAUACUCCGAGUUGUAUGAAAUGUUUAUAAAUGUACAAUCUUUCUUUUUUAUGUUUUGUGAUGUUUGUUAUAAUGUCUAUUAAUUGUUAUGGAGUUGAAAUCAAUGUAGAUAAAAUAAAUUUCAGUGUCGCUGGUCGAAUGCUGAUGUUUGUUUGCUUCCAUUUGAAUAAAUAAAUAAAGAUAAAGGUUGGAUACGGGAAACA